AGGAGAGAGGGGGGAGAAGAGGACACAGGGAAGAAAGACAAAGGUAAAAGCAAGUGGAGCCUUGUAGCCCACCGUGCUGCUUCAUCAGCGUCAGGCUAGAAAAGUGGGGGGAGACCCAUCCCCUUGGGAGAGGAUUCGGAGACAAAGGAAGCUUCAUGUUCAAAGGACCAGUGGAGAGCAAAAACGAAGCAGCCAUGUCUGAGAUGGUCCCAGAGCCGCGACAAAAGCCAGUCGUACCAAUGAAACCCAUGGGCAUCAACACCAGUUUGCUGGGCUACAUCGGUAUUGACACCAUAAUUGAGCAGAUGCGCAAGAAAACCAUGAAGACAGGUUUUGACUUCAACAUCAUGGUUGUAGGUCAGAGUGGACUGGGAAAGUCAACAUUGGUAAACACCCUCUUCAAAUCCCAGGUGAGCCGCAAAUCUUCAGGCUGGAACCGGGAGGAGAAGAUCCCCAAGACAGUGGAGAUCAAAGCUAUUGGGCACGUCAUUGAAGAAGGUGGUGUCAAAAUGAAGCUGACAGUGAUUGACACACCAGGAUUUGGGGACCAGAUCAACAAUGAGAACUGCUGGGAGCCUAUUGAGAAAUACAUCAAUGAGCAAUAUGAAAAGUUUUUGAAAGAGGAGGUGAAUAUUGCAAGGAAGAAACGAAUUCCAGACACGCGCGUGCACUGCUGCCUCUACUUCAUCUCCCCUACGGGCCACUCCUUGCGGCCUUUGGACCUGGAGUUCAUGAAACAUCUCAGCAAGGUAGUGAACAUCAUCCCAGUUAUUGCUAAGGCUGACACCAUGACCUUGGAGGAGAAGACAGAAUUCAAACAAAGAGUGCGCAAGGAACUAGAAGUAAAUGGGAUUGAAUUUUAUCCCCAGAAAGAAUUUGAUGAAGACUUGGAGGAUAAAACAGAAAAUGACAAAAUCAGGCAGGAAAGCAUGCCCUUUGCAGUAGUGGGCAGUGACAAGGAGUACCAAGUGAAUGGCAAAAGAGUCCUGGGCAGGAAAACACCUUGGGGAAUCAUUGAAGUGGAAAACCUCAAUCACUGUGAAUUUGCCCUACUUCGAGAUUUUGUCAUCAGGACCCACCUUCAGGACCUAAAAGAAGUGACCCACAACAUCCACUAUGAGACCUACAGGGCCAAACGGCUGAAUGACAAUGGAGGGCUGCCCCCCAUGACUGUUGAGACAGAGGAAAACCACGAAAGCAACCUGUGAAAGACCCUCCCCCUCCACGGUCACCUGGUGACUCUGGAUAGACAACCCACCCCUGCUACCCUUGACUCAACCAUGGGCCUGUCUCUGAAGCAUGUGGCACAUCCUCCGUGGGAGUGAGAGGAUGCAAGUGUGAGUGCGUGCGGGCGUGCAUGUGCCUCCCUGUGUGCCGGAGAGGGACAAGGGCAUCUCCCCCAUCCUUCCCAGAGUGUCCCCAUUCUCGGUUUGUUUUUUGCACAGUGGACUGUCCGUCAGCUUCCUUUCUCUCGUUUCUGUGUCUCAGCUGUGUAUCUUGCCUGGGGGAAAUAGUGUUGGGGGGAAGGAUUUCUAGGGGCAUGGAUUUUAGAGGGGGGAGGUGUGGGGCAUGCUGUGGUCCUAUUUUUAUCACUUGGAGACAAGGCAAGGAGAGACUCUGGGA